UUCGAUUGCAAUAAGAUCUUAGUGUCUAAAAUCAACGAAAGAUUGCAGCCGUAAAGGUUAAUACAAACAAGUCCUUGUAAUUGAAACUUUCGUGAAACUUUCGUCUUCGUCGCGAUUGCCUUAAAAAAUUAUGAACAAGAGGCUGUGGCACAUCCUUCUCCUCGUCGUCGGCUGUACGGCAACUCUCUCCUCCGAUACAAGCCCCGAAUAUGUGAAACAAUGUUCCAAAAGCGAUCCGAAGCUGAUAACUUGUCUGAUCAACGCUCUACAUCAUCUACGACCUUAUCUGAAAGUCGGAAUCUCUGAAAUUGAGUUACCUUCAGUAGAACCGUUCCGUAUGGAUGAACUGACACUCUCCCUGACAGGUGGUACGAAUGGUUAUAAGAUUCAGCUACGAGAUCUUUUUAUAAGGGGAGCGAGUAACUAUACGGUGGAAGAUAUCAAGUUAGGUUCACCCUUCCAAGCCAUUGUUCGAAUGCCAGCCCUUAUAUUAGAUGCGCAUUAUUCUAGUUCCGGUGUAUUAAUAAUUUUGCCUGCAAGUGGAAACGGUACAUUCCACGCGCGUUUUGGAGAUGCUAGAGUACUAGUCAGAGGGACAAUCUCGACAAAGUCGCGAGAGAACAAAACGUAUUUAAAUGUCGAUAAUCUUGAUGUUGUACUCGCAGUGAAGAAUUUGCAGAUGCGAGUCAGCAAGAUCUUCAACAACAAUCGAAUACUCACCGAGGCAAUUAAUCUCUUCCUUCGAGAAAAUGGGCAAGAAGUGUUGAAAUUGAUGGAACCGCAACUAAAAAAGAAGUUAUCGGCACUUUUUGCCGGCAUUGUUAAUCAGCUGCUGCGACAUGUACCAGUGGAAUCGUUCCUUAUACCUUAGGGUAUUAUUUCCAUUUUAUCUUCAUUAGUUACUAUAUUAGCUUUUUGUUAUUGAAAAAUCAAUGAUAUAUUUUACA